UGAAUUACAAACGGAUCUCCGCUCACUACUCAGUGUACCUUUACCGUAAUGACAGAGAUACAGAUCUUUAUACCCUAUCAAGUGCACUCUAUCUUUAACAAGGAAGUAUUUGUUAUCGGGCCUCGAGAUGUUUGAGUGAGAAAAUGGCGGCCUCCCUGUCAGUGAGAAGUACAGAGUUGUGUAAAAUGGAGCGGUUUGUGAGUCCGGGGAGAGGAAACGGGUUACGGGCUCUGAGGGAACUGAGACCCGGAGAACGGAUUUAUUCAGCAGAACCGUUCGCCUUCUGUGUGGCCGAAAAGUUUUUAAAAUCCACCUGCCAGACCUGUCUCUGCAGGGGUGAGAGUUUAUUGAGAUGUUCUCAGUGUAAAAGUUCCCGGUACUGCAGUGUUCAGUGUCAGAAAGAGGCGUGGCCUGAACAUAAGAGAGAAUGUAAAUGUCUUCAGCACGUGUACCCGAGAGUUCCCACCGACUCGGUCCGACUCACAGCCAGAAUCAUUUUCACGCUGCUCAGUGAUCCUGCAACAGAGUCUCAGGAGCUUUACUCUAUAACACAACACCAAUCACAUCUGGAGGAGAUGAAUGAGGAGAAAAGAGAAGGUCUGGUUCAGCUCUGCUCCAUGUUGAAGCUUUAUUUGGACUCUGAUGUUUCUCAGCUGCCGAGUGGUUUGGAUCCCAUGAGUCUUCUCGCUAGGGUGAUGUGUAACUGUUUCAGUGUGAGUGAUGGAGAGCUGCAGGAUGUGGGAUUGGGACUGUACCCCAGCAUGUCUCUGUUAAACCAUGAUUGCAGGCCGAACUGCGUCAUGAUUUUUUCAAGGAAAAAACUCGAACUACGAGCUGUACGAAGAAUCCAGCAAUAUGAGGAGUUGUGUAUCAGUUAUACCGAUAUUUUAGCUCCUCAUGUGGAAAGACAGACACAACUCAUGGACCAGUUUCACUUCCUGUGCCAGUGUCAACGAUGCAGUGAUGACCAGAGUGACUGUACCAUGUUGGGAGGGGAGGAGUCCAGGUGGAUGAUCAUUAGAGACUCAAUGCCUCACCUAGAGACUUUACAACAUGAAGAGAAGUGGGCGGAGCUUCAGCAGGCGUGUCAGGCUCUCAUUGGUUCAAACUCACCUGCAGUCCCUGACUCUAAUGUGUACAUGCUGAGGGUUUUGGACUUGUUAAUGGAUGCCUGCAUCAGUCUGAGUCAGUACGAGACAGCGCUGCAGUACGGCACCAGGACACUGAAUGCAUACAUGUUGCAUUAUCCUGAUCCUCACCCGUCACAUGCAGUGGAGCUGCUGAGAGUCGCAAAACUGCAGCACUACUGUGGAGACGUGGAACAGGCUGAGAGAACCUUCACACAGGCAUAUAAAGUGAUGAAGGUGACUCAUGGUACUCAUCAUCCUCUUGUCAGUGAACUCUGACCUGUUGAGGCAUGGACUCCACUAAAUCCCUGAAGGUGUGCUGUGGGAUCUGAUAGCAAGAUGGUACUUGUUUGUCCAGCACAUCCCACAGAUGCUGGAUUGAAUUGAGAUCUGGGGAAUUUGGAGGUCAGGUCAACACCUCAAACUGGUUGUUGUAGUCAUCCUUACACUUGUCCAUUUUUCCUGUUUCUCUAACACAUCAACUUUGAGGACAAAAUGUUGACUUGCUGCCUAAUAUAUCCCACCCACUAACAGGUGCCAUGAUGAGGAGAUACUCAGUCUUAUUCACUUCACCGGUCAGUGAUCAGAAUGUUAUGGCUGACCGGUGUAUAUUUCUAUUAAUAAUAUAAUUCACAGAUGUGUGUGAUGCACAGGCUAACAGCAUGUUUAGUUACAGUGGUUCAUAGAACAUCUGGUCCAGAUUAGACCGCUGCGGCGGUGAGUGAGCCGUCAGAUAUGAAGCUCAGGUUAGAGUAUAGGCCACACCCACUUCAGGUUUCAAUCCAGAUACAGAUAUUGGUGUUACGUUACGCCCCUCACUAACCCCCUAAGCCCUUCAGGUACCCUGCACCCCUCCUCACACUGUUACUGCAGAUGAACAGCUGCUCUUUAUUUACACGCGAAUGAAUACAUGCUACCUUUUAAGGCUUCAAGUGGAAGAGAUGAGAUCAGAGGAGAAGAUGAGGACCUCAGCUUGGAUUAUUUAAACACUUCCUCAAUGUAAAUAGAGUAACUGAGAAAUAUAAUUAUAAAAGAAAAACACAGGGAGAGAGAGAAGGUGGGGGGGCACAGAGGGAGACAGAGAGAGAGAGAGAGCGAGAGAGAGAGAUUAAAUGUCUCCUGUUGAAAAGUUUUGGCUCCUGCAGUAAAAAGCUGCUGGCUGAAGUUCAGACACGAGGAAAGAGAAGCUCUGUUUAUGAAGAUCACUGUGACAGUUGAGUUUAACCUUCACACAACAUCACUAAACACACAAUACAUAAUAUGUACACACACACACACACACACACAGGUUAAGCUAAUUUUUGGGCCUGAUGAUUUUUGAAGUCUCAUGAAGCUCAGGCUCAUGAGGAACUUUAAAUAAGAUUUAAAAAAUUCAAGGAGAACAGAAGAACAGAUGAGAUUUUAUCGUGUCUAAGCUCAGGACACGUGUUUAUAAACACGUAACACACAGCAGAAAAUUCAGUGGUGAGUUUUAGAUUAAAAACAAGGCUGAGAACAUGAGCACUUCUGAAUCAUUCUUUAUUUACCUCCAUCUCAGAUUCUCAUUCAGAGUUUUUUCACAGGACAGAAACACAGCGACGUCGUACCGCUUCUCUCCAUAAACACGUCACUUCCAUCAGAAUCCGAUCGGAAAAGCUGUCUUCGGAUCGGGAAUCUUUAAUAGACGUGAUAUGGAGCGGCGUGAACGACGACUCGAGCAGAAAAAAGAGACAACAUUUCUUACAGCAUUAACACAUUUCCUUUUUUAUCUUAGAAUGCAGAAUUUCCUAGUGAUAAAGUAGAUUUUCAUGAAGAAGCAUGAGAUAAAAAUGAUAAAGAACAAAAUAAAUGUAUAGAUUUUUAUAUAACAUACAGAUUAAAUGCAUAGUAUUUGGUGAAACAUAAAAUAAAUAAUACAUUACACACAGCUCUGAGGUACAAAAUAAAUAAAAUCCUUCAUUAAAAAAUUAUGAUGAAGAAAUGUCUUGUUUUUUCUAUUUUUUUCUUUCUUUUUUUAAGUAUACAAACAUUUUACUGUACCACCGAACAGAAACAUUUUAUUUGAUUAAAGUUGUAGAAGUGACAUCACCACAGUGAGACCACACAGAGGGAGAACACAGUGACCUUCAGCCGACCUCCAGCUGGACGCCAAUCAUUAUUUAUUACCAUUAAAGUUAAAUAAUAAAGCAGAUUUAACCUGAGUAGCGUGUUGAGGGGCAGGAGAGCCGAGUAAAGGAGGAAUAGAUAUAAUUCUACAUUUAAAUACUUACAUUAAAUACCCCUAACCUCUAACUCUAACCCCUAACCCCCAAAACUAAACCUAACUCCUAACCCCUGUCCCCU